GAUUGGCACCUUUGGGGGGGGGGGGGGAGCAGGUACCUGUCAAAUUCAGGUACCCACUCCCACGUCCGCUGCGAUCGCCUAGGCGAUUGGAAGUGGAAGUCGUCCUCCCCCCCUCACCGUAGUCUUCUGGGAUGCAUGACAGGUCCCAGAAGACUACAGGACCAUUCACAAAGCGCAGCACUACUCGGGCAUGUGCAGUGAGCACCCGGCUGUGAAGCCACAAGCUGUCACAGCCGGGUGCCCACACAAAAGAUGCUGGCAUCAGGGAGAGAAGACGGCCGGUGAAACCAGCUGUGGAGAGGACCCCCC